CAAUCCCACUUUAUAGAUUUCCUUUUUUUUUCUUCUUCAACAAUCUUAUAACCAUGACAGAUCCUUGUUCAAACCUCUUCACCGGAGGAGGCUUCAACUUCGUACCUCUAAAUCCCCACUACACUGCUUGUUUCAUUACUAACAGAUCAUCUUCCAACAUGGAGCCCCAAAGCUCACCUCCUCUCAAACAAGCUCUUCCUCUCAUCAAUUACCUGAGCAGUGAGACUGAACCUUCAAGCAGUUCCAUGGAAGGUGAUAAGAGCCUGUUGUUCUCAAACGCUGGUGCGGCCGAUGAUGAAGCUGAAACUGUAACCCUAAACAUAGGGCUGCCUAGCCCUAUCUCCGAUCGGAGGGUAAGGGAGGUCUCCCCGGCGGCUCGUGGUGCAGUUUCUGGGUUUCCAUCAAGCAAGGGACAGUACUGGAUCCCUACACCUACUCAGAUUCUGGUUGGUCCGACACAGUUUUCAUGUCAUGUCUGCUGCAAAACCUUUAACAGAUACAAUAACCUGCAGAUGCAUAUGUGGGGGCAUGGAUCACAGUACAGAAAGGGACCAGACUCACUAAGAGGAAGCCAGCCAACAGCCAUGCUAAGACUCCCAUGUUACUGCUGUGCAUCGGGCUGCAAGCACCACAUCGAUCAUCCAAGAGCAAGGCCGCUCAAGGAUUUCAGAACCCUCCAAACCCACUACAAACGUAAACAUGGGGUCAAGCCCUUCGCCUGCCGGAAAUGCGACAAGGCGUUCGCUGUGAAAGGCGACUGGAGGACACACGAGAAGAACUGUGGGAAGAUCUGGUAUUGCACCUGUGGGUCUGAUUUCAAGCACAAGAGGUCUUUGAAAGACCAUAUCAAGGCCUUUGGCCCCGGUCAUGGCGCGGUUGGCAUCGAUUCUUUUGACGAUGAUGAUGAACCGGGGUCCGAAUUCGAGCUUGAAUGUGAGUCUUCAUCAUCUUUCAUAGGUUAACUGGCUUUUGCUCACAUUUUUCUUCCCCGAUCCCCUCUUUGCAGACAUCACUAGCCAUCCCCAUGGUGAUUUGCUUGUUUGUGUAUAUACAUGCAUUGAGUGUGUGUUUACAUGUUUGAAGAAAG